CUUGACAACUGUUUGUUUUUGAUUGGCUGAAAUUUUUUCAGUGGAAAACGAAAAUCAUUGAGAUGUAUCUAUUUAAUUGUAAAUUAUUUUUACUAAGUGCCUUGCUGGUGUUAGUGGGAACAACAGUUGUACAAGCUGAAAGUGAAGAUGCAGAUGAUGAAGUUACAGUAGAGACUGAAGAAGAGGAUAAGUAUCAGAGCCCACAGGUCAGCCCGGAUAAAGUUUAUCUUGCAGAACACUUUGAUGAUCAAGCAGCAUUUAAAAAGAAAUGGGUGAAGUCUGAAGCUAAGAAACAGGGUGUAGAUGAGAAUAUAGCUAAAUAUGAUGGAAAGUGGGAAAUUCAAGCACCAAUGAAGAAGAUUCUUAAAGAUGAUCUUGGGUUAGUGCUGACUACUGAAGCUAAGCAUGCAGCCAUCUCAGCACUACUGGAUAGACCUUUUGAGUUUAAGGACAAACCAUUGAUAGUCCAGUACGAAGUCACUAUGCAAGAGGGUCAGAAUUGCGGCGGUGCAUACAUCAAGCUCCUGUCUCGAGGCACCAACACGAAGGCCGACCUCCGCAAGUUCUACGACCAAACACCAUACACCAUCAUGUUCGGCCCGGACAAGUGUGGCAACGACAACAAAUUACAUUUCAUCUUCAGACAUAAAAAUCCUGUAAACGGCACCAUAGAAGAGAAGCACUCCAAAAAACCAAGUCAGCGAUUAGAAGACAUUUACAAGGACAAGGAACCCCAUCUAUACACCCUUAUCGUAAGACCUGACAAUUCGUUCAGUGUGCUCAUUGACGAAAAGGAAGUAAACGCCGGAUCGUUGCUGGAAGAUUUCACCCCGCCCGUCAACCCGCCGGAGGAGAUUGAAGACCCCAAUGAUAAGAAGCCCGAGGAUUGGGAUGAGAGAGAAAAGAUAAUAGACCCCACCGCCACUAAGCCGGAGGACUGGGACGAAGACGCACCUGCGCAAAUCGUCGACCCUAACGCCGUCAAGCCCGACGGCUGGCUCGACGACGAGCCCGAGAUGAUCUCCGACCCGGACGCGCGCAAGCCUAGCGACUGGGACGAGGAAAUGGACGGCGAGUGGGAAGCGCCGCUGGUGGACAACCCCGCGUGUGCCAGCGCGCCCGGCUGCGGGCCCUGGCGCGCCCCAACCAUACCCAACCCCGCCUACAAGGGCAAAUGGCGCGCCCCGUUGAUCCCCAACCCGGAGUACAAGGGCAAGUGGUCCCCGCGCCGCAUCCCCAACCCACACUACUUCCGAGACGACGCGCCCUUCCGAAUGACGCCCGUCCAUGCCAUAGGGUUCGAGCUGUGGUCGAUGUCGCCGCGCCUGUUGUUCGACAACGUGCUGGUGACGGACGACGAGCACGUGGCGGCCACGUGGGCGCAACACACCUUCCACCUCAAGCGGGCCAAGAUCGCCAAGGACUCGGAUUCUGUUGUGGAGCGAGCACUGAAAUACGCGGGCGACAACCCGUGGGUGUACGCCGUCGUCAUACUGGUGGCGUUCCUCUUCGUAGGAUUCGUGGCCUACCUGUGCUGCGCGUCUAAGUCGCAGGAACCCGAGACGUCAGCCAAGAAGACUGACGCGGUCACUGAGGACGACCCGCACUCGGACGGCGAGCCAGAAGACGUGGAGCCAGAAGCCGACCAAUCGGAACAGCCGCCCGAAGACACUGCCAACGAAGAGACGACGCCGCUAGUUGAUACGGAAGGCGCAGGCGAUGGUCAGAAGAAACGGAAGCCGCGCAAGGAGUAAGGGAGACGGCAAUAAGAGUGGGUGAAACAGACGUAUUUGUUUAUUUUGAUGCUGGUAGGUGGAUGUGUGUGUGCCUGUAGUAGGUUGUAGAAGUGAUAUUUUUCUGUUUUCUUCUCUGUCCAC